GUGCAGAGUAUUCGAAUCAAGUUGUUUCGCAUUUCCAAAAGCUCUGCAUAGUGCAUAGAGUAUACAAUAAAAUCUUGAUUCAUAACCAUAUGAGUAGAGUAUAUAUAAGUAUGUGAGUGUGUGUGUUUUCUCUAUGUUGUUUGUCGUGUACAUUUAGCACUUAAAUAUUAUAAAGGCAUCAACAACAGUUGCCAGCAAGCAGUCAACUUCUUUAUGUACUUUUACGACUAGUUGAGUAUUUCUUUGUUCAUUUGCUUCUCUGCCUUUAUCCAGCUGCGAGUUUAAAUUUGCCUCUAAAUACACUUUCUUUCUUUCUUUCUUAGCCAUGGAAAGUUCUUUUGAUUCUCUGUACUUUUUAGUUUGAAUGGAUUAAGUUUUCUUUAAAUACCCAAGAAGGCCCCUUAUUGCCUCUAAUUUUCAAGAAGAGUGUCUUCACACUACUGAUGAACAGGCCAUGAUCAUGACUUCUCCAACAACUCAAUUUGCCCCCACAAGAAGGAUGGGCAUAUAUGAACCAUUUCACCAGAUGAGUGUGUGGGAAGACGCGUUUAGAGGUGACAUUGUGCCUAGCGUUGAUGCAUCUAUGAUUUCACAGCCAAACGACAGGCCAGAUGACAAGUCAGGGUAUACAUCCGGUGAACAACAUAUACCCUCUGGCUCUGGAGACAAUCAAGCACCGAGGAGGAGUAUUUCAGAGAAGGUACAGCGACGUUUAGCACAAAAUCGUGAAGCUGCCCGUAAAAGCCGUAUGCGGAAAAAGGCGUAUGUUCAGCAGCUGGAAACCAGCCGUUUAAAGCUGGCCCAACUCGAAUUGGAGCUUGAGAGAGCUAGACAGCAGGGAUUAUACAUGUUAGGUUCAAAUAGCAAUAUGGGGAUCUUAGGAACAAUUAAUCCAGGAAUAGCUGCAUUCGAGAUAGAAUACAGCCACUGGGUGGAAGAGCAACAAAAAAAGAAUGCAGAAUUGCGGAGUAUUUUGCAGUCUCCUGUAAGUGAUUUGGAGCUUCAGUUACUGGUAGAAAAUGUCUUAAGCCACUAUUUCAAUCUCUUCCGCAUGAAAGCUGAUGCUGCCAAGGCUGACGUGUUUUACUUAAUGUCUGGGAUGUGGAGAACUUCCGUUGAACGCUUUUUCCUCUGGAUUGGAGGAUUCAAGCCAUCAGAACUCAUAAAUGUGGUGAUGCCACAACUCGAGCCCUUGACCGAUCAGCAAAUCAUUAAAGUCUGUAAUCUGCGACACUGUUGCCAGCAAGCUGAAGAUGCUCUCACACAGGGAAUGGAUAAACUUCACCAGACUCUGGCCCAGAGCAUCCUAAACAUGAACACAGGGGCUGGAAAUUACGCUUCCCAAAUGGUUUCUUCCAUGGAAAAUUUAGAAGCAUUGGAGAGCUUUGUCAACCAGGCGGAUCACCUACGACAACAAACACUACAACAAAUGUCUAUCAUUUUGACAACGCGCCAAGCAGCUAGGGGCUUACUUGCUUUUGGGGAGUAUCUUCAACGUCUUCGUGCUCUGAGUUCACUAUGGGCAGCUCGUCCUCGUGAACCUACCUAAAUGAUCUUGUCAGAGAAUUGCGAUGAACUUAAAUGGGAAAUGUACGUUAUCAUAAUUUUGCUUUGUCUGGCAGAUUUAGCUAUUUACUAGUAUUUGAAAUACAUAUUUUCGAGGAAACGAAAUUUGUGUAAAUAUAUUUGGGAUGUUGUAUAUAGGCUAUAGCAAUGAAAUAAUUUGGUUGGAAUGA